AGCAAGCGACAUCGGAGAGUCAAACCAACAUCAAACGGUGAUCAGACGAAGAAACGCAACUUUUCUUCAAGGUUUAUCCUGGACUUAUUCAAACAGUGCGGAGAAUGUCUUUGGGUGACCAGCAAUGGUACCCCACCAGUGCACAGGUAACGGUGCUCCAAGCGCGACACCUGCGCAUCAAGGGCAAAAAUGGCACGAACGACGCCUAUGCCAUCAUGCAGGUGGGUAAGGACAAGUUUUCCACGUCGGUGGUGGAGAAAUGCGUCGCUCCCGAGUGGAAGGAGGAAGCGACGUUCGAUCUGCCGCGGUUUCAUCAGGGGAAUGCAGAGCGAUGUACGCUGUACAUCAUCACCAUGCACCGAGCACUGGUGGGGCUGGACAAGUUUUUGGGGCAGGCUGUCAUCAACCUUGUGGACCUACAUGACAACAGAUCGCGCAAAAAGACAGACUGGUACAAGCUGGUGGAUAAGAAUGGUAAACAAGAAAAAGACAGAGGUGAAGUUCUCUUGGACAUCCAAUUUAUGCGGAAUAACAUGACGGCCAGCAUGUUUGACCUCUCCAUGGCAGACAAACCUCGGUCUGGCAUCUCCAAGCUCAAAGAUAAGAUCCGCGGUAAGAAGAAAGAUGGCUUCUCGGAUUCUGCAGUUGUGCCCUCUUCAGUGGCAUCCGACAGUGAAGGGGAAGACAUUGAUGUUACAGAUUCUCCAAAGAAGAAAUCAAAAAUGAAAACCUUGUUUGGGCCGAAGACAAACCUCCAGAGGAAUGUAUCUCAGUCCAUGUCCACACUGGGCACCCUGCCUGAAAAAAAUGGUUCGCUAAGCAGCAGCAGAUCGUCAGGCCUUAAUGUGGAAUCGCCUGAUGUGAUUAAGAAGUUUAAAAUUCUGGGACACAAGCGCACCAGCAGCACAGAUAGCAAAGUAUCUCUAGGUCCCUUUUCUCUUCUGAGCCGCUCUAAGCAGAGCGUUCAAGAGCAGAAUAACCUCUGUAUCAACGGGAACCAUGUUUAUGCAGAGGACCAAGAACCUAAACCUGGUUUCGGCUCUGAACUCAGUCUGAACAGCUUAGGAAAGGGUUCAGUAGAAGAUGUCCAUAAAUACCAUCAACGGAACACAUCCAAUGUCUCCAUGGACUCAUUUAAAGGUCUGAGUGUGCCCUCAUAUAAGCCUGAGGUGAAAGACAAAGCUCCACAGCGCCCUCUAGAGGACAAUACUCACCUAGAAUCUAAGGAGAAUACUAAGAAACCAGAAAGAAGAAGCCUUCAAGAGAUGCUCGACCAACAGGAAGAGCAGGACAGGAGGAGGCAGCAAGAACGAGAGAAAAAACAAGUGGAGGAGAAAAGGAGACUGGAGGAGCAAGACAAGAAGCGCAAAGAAGAAGAGGAGCAGCAGAAAAAGCGGCGUGAGCAGGAGGCACAGAGAACUGGGGAGCAACGGCACCAGGAGGAGAGCAGAGUUACGGAAAGGCUCUCCUCUCUCUUCGGCAUUGGAAAGAAGAAAGAGGAGAGGAAGGAGGAAGCAAGCCCUCAAGCUAUGAAUGAAACCAGACAUCUGGAUGUGUCUUCCUCUACAAAUCCCUUUGAAGAUAUUCCACUCACCCCGGAAUCUUCAGCCUUAGAAGAAAUAUCCGUCGACCCACGGAGGGGCGUGCAGAUUCCCCUCAACCCGACACCACCCAUUCGCACAGCAAAAGUAUCUGCAGUCAAGCCGAGAUUGUCCCUGAGUGUGCUGCCCGAAACAGAUAAUAGCCAUUCCCAAUCUCCCUCAUACUCUAUAGACACCCACAGCACUAUCCACAAUUCUCCACAUUCCCCAUCCCUUCCUAGUGACCUGUUUGAGUCUAUGGGUAUGUUCUCUGAUCUUCAUUCUUCUCUGGCACCUGGGAAACCUCAGCGAAUGUACAGUGAGUCUAGAAACAGCAUGGAAAACCUCUCAGGAGUUGGGUCUGUUCCCAAAAUUGAAAAGAAACGAAGGGCUCCCCUACCCCCUGAUUAUCCUAGGGGCUCGCCCGGAACUGGGGGCCACCAUCCAGAUAACGGUGGACAAGUGCAAACCCAGAACUCCAAAGAUAGUCACAGGCCUUCUUUUCCUCUCCCAGACUAUGAAACCCUCUACCUCAAGAAAAGGCAUGGGGUGAUGAGUCAAACACGUUGGGAACAUGUUAUUGCAGAGGUAAACCAGAGAAACUGGGAUCUUUCCGAGGAAAUUAAUGUUGAUGGGCCUGAACAGUCUAUGCAAAAUAAAUCUGUGGUUUUAAAGGAUAUAACCACAGACAGCCGUAACCAGCACCAAAAGAAAUGUGAGACACCUCCCCCUGCCACCUUGAGGCACAAAGAAGCACUUAUCCCACCCAAAGCAACUGCUCCAGUCAUUCCAAAGCCACUGAUUGAAGGUAAUGUCCAGUAUAGUCCCAUCAAUGAGCUUAUAUAUUCUACUGUUAAUAAGCGUGGCCGCCCUGCUUCCAAAAACAUGGAAAACAUCCCAUCUCCAACUGGUCAAAAUCGACAUGUGCCUCAAGAAGCUGAAAGGAAGAUGGAUGUUGUUACCCAUCAACCAUCCCUGUCAAAUGAGGGGCCAGCACCAGCUGCCAGAGCUGUACCUAAUCUAAAUUCAAAGGCUGAUAAGGAGUCAAAUUCUGAAGUUGUGGCUAAAGAAAUGCCUUCGGUCAAACCCAGACAACGCACAUUAAACAAGGAUCCAGUCAAACAAGUCCAACCGGACAAGCUGGUUACAAAUCAUCCCCUGAAUUUGGAAAACAACCAGGUUAAAAAGCCACAGUAUGGUACCAUAAUAAGUGCAUCCACAAAGAAUGGUCCUGACCAGUGGGAGAGUUUUUCUUUGGAGGAGUUAGAUAAAGCAGACCACUCCAAAACCAAUAUGCCAGACGAAAGACUUGUGGGAUUUACCAAUGACCCUGAGAAGGGGAUGAGUGGUCUUGAUCCAUUCCCAAAUGAUAACCUAAUAUUUAAUGACCCCUGGACUUUACCACACCAGAGCAUGAAAGAUGACCCAUUUACUGGGGAGCCAAGGAAUAAUGAAAAUUAUAAAGAUCAGACAUCAAACCAUUUUGAUGACAAAGAUAAACUAUUUGCAAACACAGUGAAAACUGAUCCAUUCGCACAAAUUUCUGAGAACAGCACACCACCAAAACAAGAACCCAGAAAAUCACCCAGCUUCACUGAUCAAGCCAGAGCCACAUUCCAAAGAAAUUUUUCUCUUAAAAAGAAAAACUCAUCUCACCCAAACACAAGUUCUGGGAAAGCUCUUACAGAAAAAAGUAGCCUGGGUAAAUCAGUUUCUCAGUCUUCACAGGAUGCUGAUGAUGUGGAGCUGACUGUAACUAGUUUUGCUCCACCAAGCAGAACUGAACCCACUAUAGUAACAUCUGAGCCCCUGAUGGGUGGCUCUUCUUUGGGCAAGACGGCUCUGCGUGCUUGGGUCUCACCAUCAGAGGCUCAGCCUGUUAGGCUGCAGGGUGGUAGUGGAAGUGCAGUCUCAAAUCCACGAAGGCCUCACCCAGUGAAACCUAUGAGCUUAGAAAUGUCAAACGCUCAAUUCUCUUGCUGUGGGGAAAGAUAUGAAGACCAUCAAAGAAAUGGCUGAGAAGUCAAAGAACGGAGAAAGUGGUCCAUACAUCCAGCUCACACAGGAGGAACUGAUCACACUGGUGGGGAAGCAACAGGCUGAACUCUCCAAGAAAGACGCCAGGAUCCACGAGCUGGAGAAUUACAUUGAUAACCUGCUGGUUCGUGUCAUGGAAGAGAAACCCAGCAUCCUGCUUUCACUUCAGUCCAAGUGUUAGGGCUUGAUCCUAGCAUUUCAAUUGACUACACCCUGAGCAUAACACUAUAAUGCUGCGGAAUUUGUCUAAAUAUAGUUUAAUUUUAUUCCAAACGUAACUCGCAUCUCAUAAUAGUUUUUCUUUUCUUUCCUUGAGUACCUAAUGUGUAGUAGGGUUACUGGCAGCACAGCGAUCUGUCCAUUAAGGUCAAUAGAUGCUUUCCUACAUGCAUUAUUUAUAUAAGUGUCUCAAGGUUGUAUAUAAAGACUUCCCUUUUGCCUCAAGUGAUUUGUGUUCUGAUCAUGACUGCUGCCUAGUGUCUAUCAGAACACUUGCAUUAUUGCUGAUGCAGCCUUAUCUCUAUUAGGGCUCAAGUUCAAAUAAAGCGCAAAGACAAAUCCUCUUACUGUUGCUGGCAAUAUGCUGGACAGUUAGACUAUAAGCACUUUGUACUUGAAUUGGGUGUUUUAUUUAUGAAGGAUUAAGGUUUUAUGCUGAAGUAAUUAUCUGAGGUACACUCUGUAGAAAUGCCUUAAUGAAGAAUUACUUUUGUUACCUAUGUUUAUAAUGCUAUUGAAAAUUACUGUUUAAACACUGGAUGUAUAGAUACCCAAAUGUGUUUUCAUUGUGCUUGCCAAUUUUGCUCAUUUUAAGGUUAUAAAAUAAUUUGACUAUUUUCCAGCUGAGUUGGCAGUCAGCUGUUAAAUCAAUCAAAUUCAAAAUAGUUUUUAUAUUGCAGUGAAAUUAUUGAGCUGCGAUUUAAUUAAUGUACUUUCUCAAGACAGUCUUUUUGACCGACAGAUGUCUUUUGACAUAAAUGUUUUGGAAACGAUGGAAAUUUGAGGGAAUAUUUUCUGUUUGUGCAUACUUUGACAUAAUGCAGUUCUUUAAGGAACAAGUAAUACCUAUUUGCAGAAUUUCAGGUAAUACUGUACUUGGCACAAACUAGGAUUGUAUACGAUGUAAGUAACAUGUUGCCUACAGCACAGUCUGCACUGUGUCUGUUGUGGAAACAAAGAUCUAUGCAUUAAAAAUGCCCUUACCCUACUAUAAUCCACCAUUAUGCAACAGUAGAUAAACUAUUAUUUUAAUGAAUAUCUUGUGUUUAUUUGGAUAUGACUAAUUUGAAUCGUUUUAGUCCUCAAACUAAGUUUUUUUUUUUCUGUGAUUUUAUUUUUUUAUUUUUUUAUAUUCAUGUUCAUUUUAACCGUUAGACUUCACAUCCAAGAGCUUCCAGUGUUUCUCAUUCAGCUGUUGUCUAUCAUAUUGAGUGAGUUCACUAAACUAGCAUUUUGACUGUGACCAGAAUCUAUAUGCUAACAGAUUCCUUAAUUUCUGAAUUUGCAUAUGAAGCCUUACAUUUAUUGUAUUUGUUAAGCAUUUGUGUACAACAAAAUAUAUGUUUUGUAUACCUGUGCCUUCUAUCUUCAAGAUUCCACAUUUCCGCCUUUGGGAUGAUGUAUUAAUAUACUGGUUUGUUCCUUUACUUCUGAUAACUGCAUAAAUGUAAUUUUAUUUUAAUUAAAUAAAACAUGUAGCUAAUUGCAUGCAUUUGCGUUUUAAAUCAUGCUUGUAAGAUAAGAGGUAUUUACGCUUGUAAAACAAUGUAGGCAACAAUUUAUUAUUGUCUAGAAAACUAAAUUCUAGCAUUUAGGCAUAAUUGCUUGAUUUUUUUUUAUUUUUUAUUUUUUUUUACAUAUAUGUGCAAUAAUUAGUAUAUGUAUUAUAUAUAUAUAUCUCACACACACAUGCAGCCAAAAGUUUGGAAUAAUGUACAGAUUUUGCUCUAUGGAAAGAAAUUGGUACUUUUAUUCACCAAAGUUGUAUUAAAAUGAUCACAAUGUAUAGUCAGGACAUUAAUAAUGUGAAAAAUUACUAUUAGAAUUUGAAAACAAUAUUCAAAAUGUUCUCAUCAAAAAAUCCUCCAUGUGCUGCAGUGACGGCUUUACAGAUUCUUGACAUUCUAGCUGUCAGUUUGUCCAGAUACUCAGGUGACAUUUCAACCUGAACUUCCUGUUGCACUUGCCAAAGAUGUGGGCUGUUGUAAUGCACACAACACUCCACUAGAUGGAAGUAAGAUGCAGCACACAGGCAUAUUGACAAGCAGCUCAAGAAGAUGUCCUGGUGUUUCUGUACAUCACUGUGUCUGUGCACUGCACUUUGAAACUGUACAUGACUAUUAUUGACUUCUAUAUAUGUGAGCACUGAAAGCCUGGUGCCACCCCACAUGAAAACUGGCAAAAUAUAUAUUGGUAAUUAAAUUGCUUGCUGUAUGGUGAAAGAUUAUGCAAUUGACAGUAUCUAGAAACUUGAAACAAGAGGUAUUGAACUGAACUAAAGACCGAUAUGCAUUUGCGUCAUCAGCAGAUGCCAAGGGUAGUGUGAAAAUGCACACAAAAGUUUGCAUUAUUAAGCACAAAAUACUUAUAUAGUGAUCCUAACAACUCUGCACAGAAGAGUCAUAUUGCACUGACCUGCAUGUGGGUGGAUGCAAUUGUACUGAAUUACUUUUUUCCCCUCUGUAAGGAUGAUUUGAAUUAUAGCCUAAACCUUUCUUUAAUAAAAGCAUCU